AUGUCUAAAUUAUUCACCAACGUUAAGGAAUUACCACCAGAUCCAUUAUUUGGAUUAAAAGCAAGAUACAAUAAGGAUUCACGUUCUGAUAAAGUUGAUUUAGGUAUUGGUGCUUAUCGUGACAACAAUGGUAAACCAUGGAUCUUGCCCGCUGUCCGUCAAGCUGAACAAAAAUUGAUCAAUUCACCCGAGUACAAUCAUGAAUAUUUAUCGAUUUCUGGGUUUGAGCCAUUUUACACUGGUGCUGCUAAAGUAUUAUUGGGAGACAAAUCCCCCGCUAUUGAAGAAGGUAGAGUUGUUUCACAACAGAGUUUAUCGGGAACUGGCGCUUUGCAUUUAGCUGGGUUGUUUUUGAAGAAGUUUUAUUCUGCAGGUCCCCAUACGAUUUACUUGUCACAACCAACUUGGGCUAAUCAUAAACAAGUGUUUGAGACAUUGGGUUUAACGGUAAAGACGUAUCCAUAUUGGGAUAAUGCCACCAAGUCAUUGGAUUUGAAGGGGUUUUUAAAUACUAUUAACCAAGCUGAACUGGGUUCAAUUUUCCUUUUGCAUGCAUGUGCUCAUAACCCAACUGGGUUAGACCCCAAUUAUGAACAAUGGAAUCAAAUUUUAGCGGCAUUGGAAGCCAAAAAACAUUUGAUUAUUUUUGAUUCAGCUUAUCAAGGCUUUGCUUCUGGUGAUUUGGAAAAAGAUGCUUAUCCAAUUCGUAAAGCCAUUAAUGAUUCAGUUGUUAAAUCUACUCCCAUCAUCAUUUGUCAAUCAUUUGCUAAAAAUGUCGGUAUGUAUGGUGAAAGAGUUGGUGCUAUUCACGUGGUAUUACCCACUAAAGAUGAUGCUUUUGGCAGAGCCAUUAAAUCACAAUUGAAUUUAAUUAUCCGUUGUGAGAUUUCCAAUCCACCUGCUUAUGGAUCCAAGAUUGUUUCCACUAUACUUAAUGACAAGGAAUUGUAUUCACAAUGGAGAAAAGAUUUGGUGACAAUGUCAUCAAGAAUCAUCAAGAUGAGAAAUGCCUUGCGGGCAAAAUUGGAAAAAUUGGGUACUCCAGGAACAUGGAAUCAUAUAACUGAUCAAACUGGUAUGUUUUCAUUUACCGGAUUAACUCCUGAACAAGUUGAACGGUUGGAAAAGAAGCAUGGUGUGUAUUUGGUUUCUAGUGGAAGAGCAUCAGUUGCUGGUUUGAAUGAUGGAAAUGUUGAUAAAGUAGCCAAUGCAAUUGAUGAAGUUGUGAGAAACUCCAAAAGUUCAAAGCUUUAG